GCAGCUCAAGCCAUAGCAGAAGAAAGAAGAAGCCAAAGUGGUGUUAGCCCUAUUGCAGUCCAGACCUCAAUAAAUAUAAAGACAGCAACUAAACCAGUGAUAGAUGGCUCCACUCUAAGAACAGAAGAAAGACAAAGACUGGCCAGGGAGCGUAGAGAAGAGCGGGAAAAGCAACAUGCUGCCAAAGAGACACAAAUCCUUGAAAAGGAGAGGAAAGCAAAACUCCAGUAUGAAAAACAGUUAGAAGAAAGGCAGAGAAAGCUAAAAGAACAGAAGCAGAAAGAGGAACAACGGAGGGCAGCAGUAGAAGAAAAGAGAAAACAAAAAAUAGAGGAGGAAAAGGAGCGAUAUGAAGCAGCUAUGCAUCGUACCUUGGAACGGAAUCAGCGACUGGAAACACGACAGAAGAGGUGGUCAUGGGGAGGAUCUGUAACUCCAGAUUCAGAGAGCAAAACAGAACAACAGACCACAGAUGAAGGUGGAACUGGUGCCAGCAAGCGGUCCACCUCCACAGCAAACCUCAAACAGACAGAAGCUGUCAUGAAUAAACAGUUGUCAUCAUCUGCAGCGCUUUUAAAUGCUUCUGAUCGAAGUACCACAAAGAGAAGUGCCUCAUUAAACAGACUGAAUAACAAAGUUCCUCUACAUUCUCAGCAGUCAGCACUCAAAGGUUCGCAGGUGGAACAGAAAGGAGGAACAGAAAAGAAGAGGAGCACAUCUUUGAAUAGAAUGAGUAGUAAACCCCAAUCCUCUCCAGAACUAGAAAAAGUGAAAAAGGAAGAAAAACCAGCUCGUCGUUCCCAGCUCAGUCCUCUGGACAGUAGCGUAAUCAGUCGCCUCCUCGCCCCCACACAGGCCUCCUUAGCUAGGAGUAAAAGUGCUGCUACAUUAUCGGCUGAUGGACAAGAUCCCUCAGAAUCUCACCUCUGUCCUCGUUCAGCUUCAGCCAGUUCCAUCAGUUCCCCAGUCCCAACUCCUAAAGUGCCCGUGCGCAGUCGUAGCAUCGACAGAUUGAAGUCCUCUUUAUCUUCAUCUGAUGCAAGUUCACCAGAUUCAACCCAGAAAUCAGAGACAGAAAAACCGUCCCCAGGUUCUGGUUUAAGACGCCCUCCCUCGCCAUCUGUGUCUGCCCGUAGAAGAUCCCCCUCUCCUGCUAAUUUGGUGAAGCGUCCUCCAUCACCUUCUACAAUUAGACAAAAGACUCGCCCACCUUCGCCCAGCUUGUCAAAACAAAGGCCACCAUCUCCUACUCCAGUCUCUAAACCGGCACCUAUCCAACGUCAGCCUCUCACGCCAGGUGUUAUAAACAUUACCAAAAAGAAAACUGAAGCAGAGAGCAAACCAAAGGAUAAGAGCACGGAAGGAACAGGACAAGAGCAAGGUUCUUCACCAGCCUUGGACAGGGAUGUGGUAGCAGCUACUAGCACAAAGACCAAAGAAGAAUCAGGUAGCAAAACAGUAGCAGGGACCACCACAGCUGAAGAAGCUGCUAAAAUCUUGGCAGAGAAACGACGUCUAGCACGGGAGCAAAGAGAGCGUGAAGACCAAGAAAGAAUUCAGAGACAGGAAGAGGAAAGAAUCAGAGAAGAAGAAACUGCCAAGAGAGCAACUGAGGAAAAAGCACUGCGGGAGGAGGAGCUCCGCAAGCAGGAAGAAGAAAAGAGACUGGCUUUUGAAGAACAACAAAGACAAGCUGAAGAGGAGAGGAUCCGCCGAGAACAGGAAGAGCAGGAAAAACUUGCAGAGCUUCAACACCAGAGAGAAGAAGCUGAAGCAAAAGCCCAAGAAGAGGCUGAAAGACAGCGGCUGGAAAGAGAGAGAAUUAUGCGGCAAAAUAUGCAGGAAAGGCUUGAAAGAAAAAAGAGAAUUGAAGAAAUAAUGAAAAGAACACGAAAGUCAGAUCAAAACGAAUCCAAGUUGCAGAAUGAAGGGAAGUCUGCCUCUGAGGCUAUGGAGGCAGAGGAUAUUGAAGAGGAGGAAGAGUUGGGUCUUGAGAAGACUGAUCAACCAGGAAAGCUAAAUGGCAUUGAGUUAGCCCAGGAAGUCAAGGGGGAGGCAGAGGGUUGUUUAGAGACUGCGAAUAGCUUGAUCUCUACGGAAUCUGAGGAAAAAGAUUUGUCAGAGUUGAAGGCCAGUGAAGUGUUCAUGAAUGGAGGCGAUUUGAAAAGUGAUGAAGGGUCUCUUCUUGUUACUGAAUUAAAGGAUUCCAGCCAUCCUGCAGAAGAAAUGGUUAUCGAUGACUCAGUGAAGUUGGGUGUUAACGAAGCUGAUCGUACAAUUGGACUUAUUCAGAAUCUUAAUGGAAAAUCUGGUUCGUGGACUUUUGAGGAGUUUAUUGACGUUGGAGUACAUUCCAAGUCAACCAAACUAAGCUCGGACAGCAUCUCUGCUGGUAACUGUAAUCAAAACUUGAAUGAUGCUGCUACAAUACCUUCUAGUCCCAAAUUGGCUUUUGAGGAAGAUGGUGCAGUGAAUUCAUUGACCAAACCUAUAGAUGCUUCAUCAGGUAAUCCAAGCUGAUUUCCCUAUCUGUCUCUUCCUCUGGCUAGGUAAUUAACUUCCUUGCAUAUUACUCUCCUUGCCUUAACUUCAGCUUCUCAUUUUCAAGGCACUUUUUCCAAUGUGUAGGCCGGAGGGAAAGCUGUUUCUUUAGUGCUUGUAACUUGCAUUCUGUCAAAAGGAGUCACCAACUGAUGCCUUUUUAGGGACUUGCUCUAGACAGCAGCUAAGGCCCAUCAUUAAGGCUCUUCCAAAGACACAGCUGAGCCCCUGUGAAGCUCCUGUAUCUCCUACCAGCACUCAAGCCCAUCUGUUGUAUUUUUAGGCUUCUUCUAAGAUGUCUUAAGUGGCACAUGUUACUUUUGAAGAUGCUAACACUUUAAAAGGUGUCUGAUGUAACUCUACAGACAAGACCUUUCCACUCCUAGGCAUGUUCUGUAACUUUCUGAUGCUGGCCUGCAUGAUCUUACAAGGUCUCUUCAAGCUCUGGCAAGGUAUUAGCUGUCCUCUCUACUUACUGUAGAAUAGUCUUUCACUUCACCGAGUGGGGGGUAACACCAACUUUAAAUUCCACAGACAGUUGUGUUACAUUUUGGGAGGAGUAAUAAAGCUGCACACACAAUAUUCUGAAUUUUCUGAACGAAGGAGGGCUGCAUCUGAAGCCACAUGUACUUGAGAAGCCAAACCCUGAUGCAGUACAGCAUAGUGUGUCAGAGAGGCUUCAGUAAGCUAGUUUACGUAAGACUAAACUUCUCUGGUGUUGGAGCUAAACCCCAAAUGGACGUACUCACAGCAGGAGAUCUCUUUCCAUGAGAUAAAUGACUGUGUGAACAGUUGAAACGAAUGGCAGUGGAAAAAACAAGACUUGCUAUCCACGUUUUCUUUAAGUGAUGUGUAGCACUUUUUUUUAUUAAAGUGUAGCACUUUUCUAGACUGAACUGUUUCCUGAGUCUCCUCUGUCACUCUGCGUCUUGUGAAUUUUAGUCCCAUGGACUCAUUGAGACUUUCCUUGAGGCCACAACUAACUGGACCAUGGGAAUAGACGGGUUUCGUGUGAUACUGCUGAUCACAUUUUGUUCUGAUCAAAAUCAUUAACUUUUUAGUGAAGCCUUUUAAUUUUGAACUUGAAAGUGUUUAGACAUAAUAUGUUUUAAGAAUUAUUUACAUAACUUUGGAAACUAAUAUUAUAUAUAAAAAAAGAAAAGCUACUGUACUGAUUUUGGACCGUAACCAACCAAGUGGUUCUGUGCUCACUGCCUGGAUGUAGACUCUGACAGUGAUGAUAGACGUAUGUGGCAUACACACAGUUAUGAUGGUUAAAUGUUU